AUGCCCACACUUUCCGCGCACCAGCAGCAGAAUCAGCAGCAGGAACUGUUGGAGCUGGAGAGUCCCGCGUUCUCGAUCGUACCGAGCGACCUCUACCGGGCGGGCAGUAUCGGCAAGCCGAACGCCAUCGUGCGCCCGCUCCGUCACGGACCACACCGGGAGGUGAUCGAGGGUCAGCACAUCGUCGAUCUGCACCCCGACUAUAAGCUGCUGCACGAGCUCGAGGAGCAGCUCAUCCGCAACAACCGGGGCCGGGACGGAAAUAACAACAACAACAGCAGCGCCACCGGCAUCGGUCAGGAGUCCGGCACCAACUACGGAGGGCAGGAGGCGGUCACGGGGGAGAAAACGGAGCGGAGAAAGCCACAGCAGCAUGAGUUCAGCCGGGAGCUGGACGCGAAGCUGAGGAAGCUUCAGAGUGACUCGUCGAAGCGAUCGUCCAAAAAUGGCAGCACGCAGGAAGUGAACGUUCGGAAGCGUCCCCUGUUCAUCACGACCGUCCCGAAGGGCAUCUUCCUGCAGCCGACCCGCGAGCCGCCAGUUCCGCUGCCCGCCUCGAGCCAGCGCCGUCUGUACGCCUUCGAGAGCCGGCCAAGAAUCCUGACGGCGCCCAGCCUCAGCAACGGCCAGCAACAACAGCAACACCACCAACACCACAAUAACAACAACGACAUCAAUCAUCCGAACCACAACCAUCCGGGCGAGUACGUCUGCAAGCAUGGCAGCCACCAUUACAACAAGCCCGCGGCAACAAGGCCGGCGAACGCGGACGACGGCCGAGCGGAAGCGGUGGUGGCCCGCAAGGUGGCAGAACUGCAAUCGAUCGACGGCCAGCCACCCACCACCACCAACACCCACCGGACGGUGUCCCGCGUGGCAAGAGACACACAACAACAGCAACCGAACCAGCAGGGUGUAGCCUACCAGAAUGUUAUGCACGAUCGGCGAGUCGUCCGGGGUAGCAACUAUACCUCAAGCACCAAUCUCCAAGUGGGACAUGUUAACAACUGCCGUAACAUGCCCCAGUGGAAUCCAUAUUUCGGUUACGCUGGUCUUCUAUCAGGAAAGGGAGGUGGUGAUGGUGAUAGUACCCAGAAGGAAGCUGAAGCGCGGCGGCGUCAGAUGUUGCGCAAGAAGUACGUUUCGCGUAAUCAGCGGGGCAUCAUUGGCACACCGCCACCAGUUCGAGGACGUCGGCACGAGACGGUACAGACGGAGAAGUACCUCGAGGAGCUCUUCCUACACCCCCCGGAGCUGGAUGCCGGAUGUCAGACGGACCUGUUCCUGCAUCGGCCACCUUCGCCCCCGUUCGUUCCCGCUAAGACCGGCUGCGAUGCAUCGACCGAGAUACUGGACGGUGAGCUCUUCGACUUCGACACCGAGGUGCAGCCGAUCAUCGAGGUUUUGGUGAGCCGAACGCUCGAACAGGCCCUGGUGGAGGUGCUCCACGAGGAGGAAAUCGCUGAAAUGAAGGAGCAGCAGGAGAAGAUCCUCGCGUUGCGUGACGCCGAACUGGCCGAAUUGCGCCGGCUCGAGCUGGAAGAGCGCAAGCGCCAUAAGGAGCGCGAAAGUCGCUUCCUGCAGGACAAGAUAGCGCACGAUCUCGAUCGUGAGAUGCAGGAGCGUAUAACGGCGGCAAAGCUGCUCCAGGGUCGUUUGGAUGAGCUCGUGCCGGAGGUUGUCGCGGCGGUCGAUAAGCUCGAGACGGAGAAGGAUCGAGCGGAAUUCGAGCGACAAAUAACACCCUGGCUGGCGAAGGAAGUCGCCCACGAGAUAGGCCAGUGGAUCGAUUCGACUGAAUUGCUCGAAGACAUAAUAAGAGAAAUACUGCUCCAGAAGAAGAAGGCUCUUUUGGGAGAAGACAACGCGGAUGACACUGCCAAGGGACAGUACGAUGAGGUGGAUCCUGACGAGUUAAAUCCUGACGAGGUAAAUCCUGACGAGGCGGAAACGGAGUCGGUUGGUGGACAGACGGCGCCUCCGCAGGGUACCGAAGCAGCGGAAGACACCCCCGCAGAGGAAGGCAACGCAGACCUGUGA